UGCAUGCAUGCGCGCUCACGAGCAAUUGCGCACCCUAGAAGCUUCGAAAUUUUUUUUGUCAGGUGGUGGAGCCGAUGCAAGUCGAGUUUAUGAACAUGAAGGAAGCUCGUGAAAAGCCUACGGAAGAUAUGCAAGCUUUGGUUGACUUUUCUGAUGAAGAAGGUUACGGCAAGUACUUGGAUCUUCACGAACCUUAUGAUAAAUAUAUUAACAUCAAGGGAAUCGAGAGAAUAGACUAUCUUGCGUAUUUGGAAACAUUCGACCGCUUGUUCGACAUUCCCAAAGAGAAGAAAACACACGAAUACAAAAGAUACAUCAUCGUUCUCCUUGAUUACCUUUACUACUAUUGUCAACGUGUCCAACCGCUGGUCGAUCUUGAUAAGGAAAUGGAGGAAACCCAAGAAGAAUUUGAUAGAAACUGGGCGCAAGGAUGAUUUCCAGGAUGGCCCAAAGAUACCGGAAGUGCUUUGGCGCAAUCUGGGGCACAUCUUGAUCUGUGUGGUUUCUCAUCUGCUGAGCUUUGGUUGACUUUUCUGAUGAAGAAGGUUACGGCAAGUACUUGGAUCUUCACGAACCUUAUGAUAAAUAUAUGAACAUCAAGGGAAUCGAGUGACUACAUAACCAGUUACCAUCACGAGACGUGAACGCCACUUCAGAGUUCUGGGAAUUAUUAUUGAACUUUGAGUGUUUCCUACCAUUACAUUCUUUAAUGACGUAUCUGUUGAAAGUUAAUUAUACACAAAAUUUUGCAUUAGUAACGUUGGAAAAUAAAAUCAAUGAACUACAUUGUUUUCAAACAUUUUUUCUCAAAGUUUCUUCUCACAUUCAAAAUCAUUGAAAUGAAUAUAACUAAAACACAAACUCCGACGAGAAGGACAUCUUGGUUAGGAAUAUUAUUUUGUUUUUUAAAAUGUAUUAAUUUUAUUUCAUUGCGUUGUUGCGAUUUUUGGGUCGAAAUUUUCGUGUGUUUGUCGCCCUAUUUCUUCGGCGUCUAUAUCGUAUGCUUUUCACAUGCACUAUGG